AUAAGCUUUCAUCAGAAGAUAGUAUUAACGUCACAGCUUAAAUGUCCUUGGGCUCCCUGUGUUAGUUCCCAUACCCCAACACGUUUCACAUCCAACAUGGCGGACAAGAUGGCUUCUUCAGACGUUUUACAACAAGCUGACAGUGUUUGGAAAAUGCUAAAUGAUCUUGCAGAUACUGAUCCUGAAGGCUACAAGAAAUUCAUAGAUAAGACUUUGAAGGACGGUUCUAAGGAAUUUAAACCUCCUCAUCCAUGCUUCUGUAUCAGCACAAUCUUGUUACCCGAAGUCAUAACUCAUAAAGUCUAUGUCAACAUAUGCUGCUGGGAUAAAAUACCUGGUCCUAAGACCGACCAAGAUCCUAUCCCAGUAAUGGCAGGUCCUAUUGAAAAAAUAUCCAAUGACGUAUCACCUUAUUCCGUUGUUGAUGUCAUAUUCAAUGAUAAAGUCUUGAAGGACAUCAAGCACAAGAUGGAUCAUUGCAACCUUYUUGUUCACCUGGCAUUAGAUUAUUUAGAGGAAACAAAAAAGUGCAGUUUAUCAAAAAAAUAUAAAUCUCUUAAAAUGAACUUCAAGGGUAAUAGUUCAAGCCUAAAGAGGUAUCUUACAACUCCAGUUGAUGGGAAGUUUGAGAACAGAAAUUCAAAUUUAGACGAGAAGUCCAAUUUUAUUGGUGAUUCUGGGUCGAAGGAUGCUCUCUUGGAGCAGUUGUCGUCAUUAGCGGUCACAGAUUUAGAUGGUAAAGAAACAGAAGGAAUAAGCUUGCUGGAAAGCAGUUCAAAAAAUGUAAAAAAGGGACUUAUUGAGGAGAUUUCAUCAACUGAAACAAAUAGUACCAAUGUGAAAACACCACAUCAUGAAGUUAUUGUGAAGAAUUCAGAGAAUGGAAAACCAAAGCAAAUUGUAGUGAUGGUGGAGUUACCUGGUGUGGGGUCUGUUGGUGAAUGUGAGCUGGAUGUAUCAGAAGAUGACUUGCUACUUGAGGUAAACUCCCUGUACAAGCUAGAAAUUGAUUUGCUGCAGAAGAUUAAUGACAGUCAGGUGUCGGCAUCAUUCAAUAAAGCCAAGAAAGUUUUGACAGUGAAAUUACCAGUAGCCAGUGAAAGCUAAAUUCAUGCUCAUACCACAGGUAGCCCAGCCUGACAUACUACAUAUCAUACUUUAAUGGACCCUUCAGGGCAUAAAAUAACGGCCAAACAUCAGACAAUGUCCAGUCGCUCACUGAGCUGAGACUUUUUUCGGGCCAGACAUUUGCUUUGCCAGUCAUUUUGACUGGUAUUGGUUAGCCAGAAAUGAGAUAUGACUGAGCUAARAUUAAUCCAAGAUCAUGGCUGGCGACUGAUUGGCUGUUAUUUUAAGCCCUGUUCAUUUAUAACAUUUAACAAUUUGUACCCCAGACAAGAUGGUCUACAAGUCAAUUAUAGCCCAUGAGGCCGAAGGCCAGAUGGACUAUUGAGUUGUAAACCGUGAGUACGAAUAAAGUAGUUUCUUAGGGUUUGUUUUAGUAUAAACGGACUCAUUGUUAAAUAAAUGGAUACAAACAUUUUUGAAAUUAGUCAGAUUGAAAUGAUAUGUUUUAAAUUCGGAGGCCUAACACUAAUGUACAGUACUAAUAAAUCACUCGUGAUUGUAAGCUGCACGGCUGCUAAUAGCACCCUAAUAUGCAGCCCGUAAAGUUUUCCACUGCAAUGUAAAGCACAUUGAGACAUUGUGAAAUGCGCUAUAAAAGAACCCCAUURUUAUUAUUAUUUACAUUGUUUCUGCUUUAUUUCCAAACAACUGUAACUUUUCGCUAGUAGUGGACUAUUACUAAUAGAUCACUAGUAGCACAACCAAUAAGAGUGUUGGAUUUGUGAUUUAGUAUGUUUAGACUAAAUAUAUGUUGUAAUGUUUUCCUAUUUCAAACCAUGCGUUAUUUACUUGAAGAUUUCUUCAUUAGUAUCUUUACAUGUAUGUAGUGUCAAAGGUAGUUAAUUUGUCAACCAUUAUCACAAUGUCUCCAGCCCUGGUGGCAGGGGUGACUGGUAACCCCCCUUUUGAUCAAAUUUCUCAUUUUAUCAUUACAGGGGCGGCGGAAGCUAAAAUCUUCAGGGGGGCACUGCAAAAAU